AUGGGCAACGCCGAGUCCGGCAACCAGCCGCCGCAGCUGCGGCUGCGCGGUGGCGCCACGUCAGCAUUGGACCCGGAGAGAGGGCGGAUUCCCUCUCCGGAGGUCCCUGCCGCUGCUUCUCAGCCAGGGCGUGGGCAUGAGACAGAUGAGGAAAGCAGCCCUGAGGUGGAUAUCAUCGGCUCCACAGAGGUGGAGUCAGGGGGCAGCAAAGGGAAAGAUGAUGAGGACACCGGGGCAUCUCAACCUCUAGAGGAGAUGCCAAACGGCAGCGGAAGGGACCACGAUGCAGUGCAUCCCUCCAUAUCACUGAGGGGCGGCGACACAGCAUCGGAGACCGAUGCAGAAACGGGGGACGGCCCCUCGGGUGCGGCCCCCAGCAGCGAGUUGCAGGCGGCAAAGCAGAGCCGCGGGCACAGCUGGGAGGCCGCUGCAGUGCAGCAAAUGAGCGAGGGAGGGAACGUUGCAGAGGAACGGCAGGAUGAGUCGUCGGACUCGCAGGACAGCGGCGGGCCGUCCCCGUUCAUGCGCGUGACAGGCGCUUACUCACCGCGCGCGGCCGCCGCUGAGCUGGCGGCUGAGCUGGCGGUGAUGUCAACCGCUCCCUGCCAGGAACCUGCACCCCCCUCCCGCGCUGAGGGGCCCGAUCAGUCUCCCUUCACCACAGCAGAUGCCCAAAGCCGCGAAGCAGAAAGGCUGCAGUCCGCCACGGCAGAUGAUCCAGGGGAGUCGCAGCCUCCCGCAGCAGAAGGGACAGCAGAGGGGGAUGCCGGCGCGGAAGGAGGCAUGCAGUCAGGGGGUGAGAUGGAGGAGGAGGGUGGCAUGGGGGACUGGGGAAUACCCUCCGAUGUGGUCCGGGGUGAACCCUACGUCAGCGAGGGAGAUGAUGAAAUUGCGGACGAUGACGGGCAGAGCUACGGGGUGCCCCAGUGGCCGUCGGAGGGUGAGGAAUCCGAUGGGAGCGAGGGUGGAUUAUCCGAACAGGCGGACGAUCCGGCGGAUGCGGACUACGAGGCUGGGGUGGAUCGUCCGGGGCCCAGCCAAGAAAUGGUGAGGGGGGAUGAUGCGUCAGACCUGCAGCCGCAGCAACAGCUGGCGCUCUACAAGGGAGCGGUCGGUGGGCUGAGUGCGCAUGAACGGAUGCGCGAUCUGCUGAGGGAUGUUUUGGACGCACUGAACAAGCGCGUACCCAGGCAGAAGCGCUUCAUCUUCACGGAGCGGGUGAAUCAGGUGAUUGUGCCCGAUUACGGCAACCACGUCGAAGCCAAGGACGAGGUCUGGCUCAGCCUGAUCCGCAAGCGCGUGCGCGAAGGCGCGCACAAGUCCCUGGCAUCUCUGCUCAAGGACUUUGAGCAGCUGGCCGCAAAUGCUCGGGCCUACAAUACCCCCGGCCACGGCAGACUGGGCUCCCCAUUUUUGAUAGACGACGCUGAGGAGAUCCUGCGAGUAGUCAAGGAGGAGGGCGACCUGCGUGCUGCGCAAUUUGCUGAGCUGGACCCUCUAGUGGCCGAAGAGGCAGUGCGUGGCGUCAACCUGGAGGCGCCGCGGCCGGUGCAGCAUCGCGCGGGGGCGGUGGUGCUGCCGGCGGGCUUCAGCGUGCGCGAGAUUGUGUCGGCCGCCAAACCACGAGGCUACAUUGAGGAGGACUGGCUGGACUGGGGACAGCAGAGCGGUGAGAGCGAGGAGGAGUACUACCUCCGCGUAAGAGACACCUUUCACUUCCGGCGCAGCGAAAUGCCAAAGGGCAGCGUCGCCCGCGUGCAUGUCACCGGCCAAUCCCGAAGCCAGCGCCCAGGCCAGAGCACCGGAUCUGGCAGCUCGCGCAGUAGCGUGCCCAUGCAGCGUCCCCCGAGGACAUGGAACGCCGACGCAGACCACCCCGCCCGCACCGCCACCCUCGCCAAAAUCCGGGAUAGUGUGGCGCGGAUGAAGGAGGCGUUCCCAGGACGCAGCUACGCGCCAGAGGCAGAGCUGGAGCACAGCCUGUACUGCGCCGCUGGAUCGGAGGCGGAUUACAGCCGCGCAGAAGACUUCGAUGAGCGCCUGCAGAGGGCGAUCGGCCUGGCCCGUCGCCGCAGCCAUACCCAGGGAGGAGCAGCGUCAACGCCACUGUCGCCGACGUCAGCCCACCGCAGCAUGGCGACCAACUGCGACAUGCUCCUCUCAGCCGCCAACCUUGUGGAUGAGAGCGAGCAAGCAGACCCCAGUCCCCCCGGCGAACGUCCUGCAGCUUUCAGCCAUGAGCCCCAAACCCAGCAGGGCCCUGCAGAGGGCUUCUCAGUGCAAGCCACAAGCGGAGGACCCCCUGCUCAGAACGGGGGGUGGCAGGGGUCCGGCAUUGCCAUUGGGAUUCCCGUAGCCGGUAGCGUUCCAGGGGGGCCCCCGGCCACCGCAGCCCGGCAGGUCCCCCCUGCUGGGGCCCCGGAUGCGCAGGGCUCCCUCGCGGUGGCCACCGCGGGAUUCCCUGGCCCGGCAGCAGCCGCCGGCCCUGUCAGGCCGCCGUCAGCCGGCCCCUAUGGAAUGGAGCAUUUGCAGGGACUGCUGCUCCCACUCAGGCGUUCGCAGGUGCCGCCGGCAAAUGGCACCCCCACGCUGAGCCCCCCCGGAGGGGGCCCCCAUUUCCCCGGGGUAAUCACCUCCAUUCCGGUGGCAGGUGGUAUCCCCGCGCCGGGCGCGUUCUCCCCGCCGCCCACCAGCUCAUCCGCUCAGAAGCCUCUGUCCUUGGCCCAGGCGGCCGUCAGCCGCCACCCGGCAACGCCGUCCGUUCCGAUUGUGAACGGCGGCAUGGGAUCACAGGCAGCCCAGCAGCAGAAGGAGCCGGCAGCUCCGCAGGCAAGAGCGAGUGGCGAGUCCAGUCAGCGUCCGCGCAUCAACUACUUCCUGUCCUCAAACACGGGGCAGCCGGCGCAGCAGCCGCCAGCACUGCAGCAGUCGGCAGCCCCCAGGCCAGCUUUGCAUUCGGGUGUUGAGGGGGUUGACAAGGCCCAGGGCCAGUCAGGAGAGGAGAGCCAGGCUGCAGCGAGCAGCACACCUCCCAGCACGGUCUCUGUAGUGCGCGCAACCCAGAAUGCAGCCUUUGCACAGCUGCAGCUGACCAGGCCGUCGCUAAUGCGGCCACUGUCUGCUCAGCCUGUUCAGGCAGCCGCAGGAGACUUGCCUUCUCGUGCAAGCUUCUCCGGGACGGCGCCGCAGCCGCCGGCGCGGCAGGGGUCCGCAGCGACCGUAACAACGGGCGCACGUCUGGGAUCCGUAGGGACUGCAGUGCGGCAGGAGUCCGUAACGGCGGUUCCUGCAGCGCAGCCGUCUGCGGCUUCGUACCCCUGGAGCUUGCCUCCUCAAGGGUCGCUAAACAAGGCACAGGCUUCUGGGCAGCUGCCUGCGCGGAUCGGCCCCGGCUUCUCAACUUCCCGAGCACCGAAUGACAUGGCACGGGCUAGCACGCAGCCCCUACAGCAGCCGCAGGCGUCCGCACCUACACCAGUGGGCAUGCCACCACAGGGGCUGCACCAGGUGAUGGGUAAUGAGCCUCUAGGUGGACAUGGGCAGGACAAGCUGCAAGAUCUUUGGGCGUGUGUACAUCCACUUCUGCUGCCGCAAGAGCUCAUGCGCUUCAAGGCCCACUUUGAUGCGUACCAGGGCCUGGCUGCAGAGGAGCGGCGCAAUUGGGGGUUGGAUCUUCACGCGAUGAUUGGAUCGGAGAGGUCCAGAAAGAUUGUUGAGCUCUAUGAUUCGCAGCAGAGAUCAGCGUCUGGGGGGCUGCAGGGCUCAGCAGCUCAGCAUUCCCUUGGGAUGCUGACUGGACAGCCCACGUCCAACACCCCUGCACCCCUCACAGUCAACACAGCGCGGGCCCCUAAUCAGGCGGCGUCUUUGGUGGGCAGCCCCCUUGCAGCAGCCAGGGCAGGCUUGCAGCAGUCACCCCGGGCAGUUCCAUAUUUCCCUACCAGGUCCCCGAGACAAGAAGCGCGCGCAACCCCGGCUAUUGGCCCAUCGCCCCUUGGCAACCCACUUCAUAUCCCCCCUGCAGCCAUGCUCCUGGGGAACCCUGUGAGCUCUCAGCACCCUUUGCAGCAGUACACGCAGGGGGCACAGAUAGCUGCAGCCAAGGUGAAGGCGUCCAUGAGCUGCCUGAGUGAAGCCCUGGACGCCAUGCAGAGCAUCGAGGCAGACAACGCGCGGCUGCAGGCAGCUACUGCGCAGCUGGCGGCGGCGCUGCAGGAAACCGAGGCGCGCCGCAUGCAUGCGGAGUCGGUCAUGGUGCGGCAGGCAGCGGAGCUACAGGCUGCAGCCCGGGAGCAUGCAGCUGUGCUUGAGAUGGCGCGCAAGGAAAGAGCGGCGCUGUCUUUCCAGCUGGCCCAAGCACGCAAUGCGAAUGCGAGUCUGGAGGCGCGGCUUUGCAAGCAAGCGGCGGCCGGGGCAGUGGCAGCAGGAUCUCCCUCUGCGCAGCCUGCUGAGCACGCUGUGCGCUCCCCAAGCAGCUCACCAACAGCCGCUGUGGCAGCAGCUACUGCAAAGCUGCCGCCAGCGCCGGCCGCCAUGUCAGCGCUGGCUGCCGUGUCAGCGCCAUCUGGCAGCCUGCCAAUUCAGGCGGCUGCAGCGCUGAAUGACGAGGACGUGUCUCGGGCGAUAGCAGCAGCACUGAAGGGGUGUCAGCGCCAGCUUGGCAGCCAGGAUGGCGCACGUGUGGCACUCAUGUCAGCAGUUCCUGGGCUGAAGACUGAGGAGCCAGCAGCGAGUGGGGAUGCUGAACCGCCUGGACAGAAGAGGAAGGCCAGUCAAGAGAGGGAUCUCUCGAGCCCCAAGCGCAUCAGGGGAGCUGGCAGGGGAGAUAUCACAGGGGGGAUGGGGGGUCUCGAGGGGAGAUACAGCGAGGAUGGAAGCCAGAGGAAGGUGGCGGCACCUGCGGCGGAGGUCAUUGAUCUGAGCGACUCGCCAGAGGGGCCCGGGGUCUCUAGAGGAAACGAAGGGGCUGCGCAGUGA